UAACGGCGACAAAGACUGUGUACCCUCCCAUCUGUUUUCCAGGAAAAUUGAAGUGCUGCUCGCUUCGACCUCUGACCUUUUUUCUGAUCACCGUCCUCCUGGUCUUCUUUGGCAUGGGGGUCCUGAGCCCAAGAAUCUCGAUGCUGGAGACCAAAUCAGAAGGCGAAGGCGAGGCCACUAGAAAACCGACCGAGAUGCAAGUUGUGAAAUUACCAAGGAUGCUUUAUCCGCAGCCCAUGGUGAUGACGCCCUCGAGGAAAGACGUCCUGGUCCUGACCCCGUGGCUGGCGCCCAUCGUCUGGGAGGGGACCUUCAACAUUGACAUCCUGAACGAGCAGUUCCGGCUCCAGAACGUCACGGUCGGGCUCACCGUGUUUGCCAUCAAGAAGUACGUGGUCUUCCUGAAGCUCUUCCUGGAGACGGCCGAGCAGCACUUCAUGGUGGGGCACAGGGUCCACUACUACGUCUUCACCGACCGGCCGGCCGACGUGCCCAGCGUGGCACUGGGGGAGGGCCGCCGCCUGGUGGUGCUCGAGGUCCCGGGCGCCGCGCGCUGGCAGGACAUUUCCAUGAGCCGCAUGCAGAUGAUCAGCGACUUCUGUGAGCGGCGCUUCCGGCGGGAGGUGGACUUUCUGAUGUGCGUGGACGUGGACAUGCGCUUCAGCGACCACGUGGGCGUGGAGAUCCUGUCCCCGCUCUUCGGCACCCUGCACCCCGGCUUCUACAGGGCGGCCCGCCAGGCCUUCACCUACGAGCGCCGGCCGCAGUCCCAGGCCUACAUCCCCCGGGACCAGGGCGACUUCUACUACUUGGGGGGCUUCUUCGGGGGGUCGGUGGCCGAGGUUCAGCGGCUCACCAAGUCCUGUCACCAGGCCAUGAUGGCCGACCGCGCCAAUGGCAUCGAGGCCGUUUGGCACGACGAGAGCCACCUGAACCGGUACCUGCUGGACCACAAGCCCACCAAGGUGCUGUCCCCGGAGUACCUGUGGGACGAGCAGCUGCUGGGCCGGCCGGCCGUCAUGAGGAAGCUGAGGUUCAUGGCUGUGCCCAAGAACCAUCAGCAAAUCCGCAACUGAGGGUGCGCCGGGGGCGCGGGGAGGGCUGGGGGCCGACUGCGCUUCUCUUUUCUGUCCUGUGGAGCCCUGGCACUGCCCC